AUGAUAAUGAUUAGGAAAUAUUGGAAACAAAUUAUGUUCAAGGACUUCUGUUACAUUAAAUAGUACUAUUGGCAGAAUAUAAUAAAGGUUAGCUAACAUACUCUUUGGUACAAACUGUACCAGAAACAGAAUAAUUUUACUAAGCUUUUUGAACAAAAUAUUGUCAAACUAAAAUGGAUGUGUUUUGUAUAAGAUUUUAAUUUCAAUGUUAUUUCUUAUGAUUGUUCUUUUAACUACAGAAAUUAGAUGCGCAACAAGUAAAAAUGUGGGUAGUACUUUGUUUUAUAAUAGGAAUCUCAGGACACAGUGUUGGAACGAAGACGAUGUGGCGAGGUUACGGGCCCGCAAAACUUUUGAAACUCUGAUACCUUACCCAGUAAACCCAGAUAAAGUAAACAGUAGAUAUAUUAAAAACACUCUGAGAUAUUUCCGCACAACACUUAGCUUUGUAGAAAAAGAUAUCGAUAAACAUACCGCUAUGUUGCUGAAAGACGCCUUAGCAGAUGUUCUAGGCGCGCACAUGAGAAGCGAAAUGCUACCCACAGUUAGAUUUGCAUACUACGCUGGAUAUAUACCAUACAGAUAUGCAAGAUGCCUUGAAAACUUUUAUGAAGAAAUAAAAACUUAUUUAAACACACAAGGCUUGGGUUGGAAACGCCCCGAACGAAUUCCGCAAUGGUCGAAUUUAACAGUCUCUAAAAUUGUGAUUGGCUCUGGAAGACUUUUUGAUCCAUGCUCUUGUUUAAUUAUAAAACGUGACUCCAAUUCCUGUAUCCAUCUACCUGUUCCUAAAUUAGAUGACGAAAGCACCCCUUCAGCGAUAGCUUUACCUUUUAAAUCUAGCGGGUUAGUUAGUUUAUCAUCACCUCAUUCUGAAAAUGUUUUGUUGAAAUAUUACACAACUGCAUCCAGGUGUAUAUUACGGAGCUCGCCAGAGAAAUGUCGUCACGCUGACUUCGUAAACUUUAACAACGAGAUGUGGCACUGGAUGAAACGCGACAUCGCCCCACAUUUAGUAGACGAGAAAUUGUAUGCGGCUUAUGGUGGAGUAUUGAGAAUAGCUGCCGCUGUCCAAAACUACGGGAAGGGUCUCUCUCGACGUAAUCUUUUUGAGUAUCAAAAUGCAGGAGUUGCAAAGUGGCACCCAUGGAAGACGCUUACACAAUCGUAUGUUUAUAUAAACACAGACUGGACGCCUGGAGUUUAUAUUGGUUUUGUACUGUUAUCUGCUUUGGCGAUAUGUCUGUUGCAAAUUUGCUACAGUUAUAUUUUCGGCGAUAAUAAUGCGUGCAAAUGUAAAGGGCGUUCACAAAGUCCGCUUUCAAAGGAUGUAGCGUACACGAACGUCGAGUCCAACAUACCAGCAAUGUUGCCUCAGCAGAGCGCUAUCUACUACAGCGACAGGAAACGCGCGAAGCAGUCGCUUCCCAAAACAAAAUCAUCAUCAGUUGGUUCCGUUCAUACGCAGAAAGUAUAUGAUUUAAACGAAAACGCGGAGAAACUGAUGGCAGUUAUAAUGAGCGAUAAAGAGAGCGAAGUGGAAUCUGUAUUAUCUUCUAAGAGUGACGAAGAUUGUGCGGAUGAGUGCGUAAAUGACUCACAAACUAUUGUACCCAAAGAUCCUCCAAAAAGUCCACCGAAAUUAGAAACUUCAAUCUCCCAGGUGAAGAUAGAAAAGUCGAAACUUCAGAAAGGCCGAAAGCUCGCGUAUUCGACAAGCACGAGGUCUCAUUCCGAGUUGACUUACUGCCAAGGGCAGCAGAGUGAGUCGUGGUCUGAAACUGAUAGUUCUACAUCGAGCAGAUCUUUGAGCUCCACCACUUCUAAAUCACAAACGAGACAGACUAAGAGUUCCCGCAAUCUCGCGUGGGCGAAGCGCGUGAUCUCCAGACAGUCUAUUCGCGGACGUUCCACGUCGACCACUGAGAUUGACGUGACGUCAUUCACAACUCCGCCGUCAAAACGAUAGUGAUAUUUUGUAGUUUCUUACAAGUCGGUAAUUUCUAGGAUUUUUAGUUGUUAUGGAAUAAGAUAUGUUGGAUGUUUAAGAAUUUAUUUAUAAGAAUAUAUUUAUAGUUGGACAGUAUUCUAUUAUUUGUUACAC